UGUGGUGCCACCAUGUUGGAUCAGGAAGUGGGCUGACUCGGAGUCGGAAUGCCGAGCAGAGCUUAGCGUCAACGGCCGUCUUUAUCCGCUCGGUCAACAGUUGUCCGAAUCUCCCCCUGAACACUCGGAUAAUACAUGCUGUGUGGCUCUCCGGUUGGUCGAACUCGGCACUUUUCUCCGGAUCGGUUCGUUUCGCAGCCCCCCCCCCCCAGCAGCUAUGACUUCUCUCACGCAGAGGACCUCGGGCCUCGUCCAGCGGAGGACCGAGGCCAUACGCAGUGCCGCCGCCGACAGAGAGAAGGAGUCCGGCGACGAGGAGGAAGAAACCCGCCGCGGGGAGGAGGAGGACGACGACAAGGGGGACUCGAAGGAAACAAGGCUCACACUGAUGGAGGAAGUGCUGCUGUUGGGCCUCAAGGACCGAGAGGGCUACACGUCUUUCUGGAACGACUGUAUUUCUUCCGGUCUCCGAGGGUGUAUGUUGGUGGAGCUGGCUCUCAGAGGGAGGCUACAGCUGGAGGCCUGCGGGGUGAGGAGGAAAAGCCUGCUCUCAAGGAAGGUGAUCUGUAAGUCAGAUGCCCCAACAGGCGAUGUGCUACUGGAUGAGGCUUUGAAGCACAUUAAAGAAACUCAGCCUCCAGAGACUGUCCAGAGCUGGAUCGAGCUGCUGAGUGGAGAGACCUGGAAUCCCCUGAAGCUGCACUACCAGCUGAGAAAUGUCAGAGAACGGCUGGCCAAGAAUCUUGUAGAGAAAGGUGUUUUAACCACAGAGAAACAGAAUUUCCUGCUUUUUGACAUGACCACACAUCCACUCACCAACAGCACCAUUAAACAGCGCCUCGUCAAGAAAGUUCAGGAUUCUGUUUUGGAGAAGUGGGUCAAUGAUCCGCACCGCAUGGACAAGCGGGUUCUGGCUCUAAUCCUCCUGGCCCACUCGUCCGACGUCCUGGAGAACGCCUUCGCCCCGCUACAAGACGACCAGUACGACCUGGGCAUGAAGAGAGUCCACUCUCUGCUGGAGCUGGAGCCAGAGAAAGAGAGCACAAAGCCCAACGCCAACGAACUGAUGUGGGCCGUGGUGGCCGCCUUCACGAAAUGAAAACGGCGGGUUUUUGUUGGACUGGAAGAUCCGGCUACGGUCUGUGUUAUUUAAUCGGUUGAAGGACAUCAUUUAAUGAGACAGACUUCACUUAAUGAGACAAUCUAUGUGGUUGGGGAGCCUGUUUGUACAUCUAUUCCGGAUGAUGACAUUUUCGGUGGUAGUCCGUGUUAACCCAGUACAAUCUGAUCGGUGGUGGGCUUCACCAAGUAACAUUUGGUUGGUUGGGACAGUGUCUGAAUGACGGAUGGCUGGCUGCUUUUACACAAUGAGGUAAACUAACGUGCCGCCAGGAGCCUGGAUAUACUUCUAAACACCAACACUACGAACAGAUGGGCCUCUGUUAUGUUAGAUGACAUCAAAAACAAAAGCAGGUGGCAGCAGCAGCAGCAGUCAUGGUAAAUAUGAAGAUUUUGACUGGGGCCAAGUUUCCCUUCUACACCAAGGAAACAUCAUUUCUCCAUUACUACGACAUCUGGCCAGAAUCAAAACCUGGUCUCUUCUCUCAUAUUUUUUUUUUUUUUUUUUGAAUGCUUAUGCAAGGCAGGCUAGUAAAUCACAUGUCUAUGCUCUUUGCACUCUUGCAGGUCUCCUGCUUCUACAUAUUCAUUCCCACUUGUGUUGGGAGCACAUGCAUAGGGUCACUGAUAGUAUAGACUAGAAAUGGGUCAUGAUUUACAAUAUUCAAACAGUGACUGAAUUCUGAUGAAAUCCAUUAGAUUAUGUGACCAUCCUCCGGUCUUUUUAAGUGAUAUGUUUUCCCACAUUUUUUUAAGCGGCGUCGUUCAACACACGAGAAUAUGCAGCAAGACUGAACUCACCGGCAAAUUCCAACCAAUUUGUGUAACUCAGAAACACACAGCCAUUUCCACCUGGUUCGCAAAUUGCUUUAGUGAGAGGCGGCUGUUUUCAGAGCUAACGUAGAGCAGAAUAUGAAGGAAGUUUAUUUCCAGUUGGCUCCUUAGCUGUGUAACUGCAGACAGCAGGUCACUGUCAGCCUGGGUGUAGUCCAACCCUGGUGUAUGCAGCCGCAUCACCCGCCCGAGUCCAGCUAAGAUACAGCUGUAGUUGUUUGCUUAUUUUUCUGUCUGUUGUCUGACAAUU